UUGAACGGCCAAUGGCGAGCGUACCACGAGGAACGCCAGGGCUACGUGGAGCGUCUGUUGUCCACCAUCCACUCCCUCCAGCAACGUCACGAGCCAUCGUCCUCUCCACCAGGAGGUGGUCAAAAGACACAAUCUGUAGAAAUGGAAGAUGAGUGCACUCACCCUGACUGCAAGCAGUUCGCCGCCAGGAUGCUGGACAUGAUUAACCAUAAAGCUGAUCCAUCAGCAGAAGGUCAGGAAGACAAGGAGAGCCAGCGGCUCAAAGAAAGCCUCCAGCGAGCCCGAGCAGAAUACCAGGAGCAUGUGGCGCUGCUACAGAUGCAGGUGCGGGCGCACAGAGACGACUGGGAAGCAGAGAGAGCAGAGAAAAGAAUGGAGAGAAAGUCCAGAGACGAGGCGGAGGAGAAAGUCAACCUCCUGAUGCAGGAAGUCCAGCACCUGCAACAGAAAUUGAAGGUUCAAGAAAGCAAGCUGCUGCUGUGCAGUCGCUGUGGUGGAGCCAGGGACUCAUCAGCCUUCUUGCCCCCAGCCGCGACCUCCGAUACUCUGAACCAAGCGCCGGUCAUUGGCCAACUCGAAUAUCAUCGUCAGGGUACAUACAACGGUCACGAUCGCGCAAUCCCUACGCACAACCACGGAAAGUAUUGUGUGAGAGACGCCAGUCCAGCGUCCAAACAAUCAUCGCGUGAUGAAAGUAGCGGUGUUUAUCAUCAAGGGAUGGUGCAACAGCCUGCUGCUAAAUCAUCAAAUGAAUCUGGGGGAUCUGGAAGAGAGAGUCUUGGGCAACCUCAUUCUGAGAACGUGAUUAGUAAUGCUGAAAAUGCUAAAAAAUAUCAGUCGAAAAUAGAAGACCGUUUACCCAAGGUUGCGAAUUCUUCUGUGGCCAAGUCAAGUGAAUGUGAUGCAAGGACACGAAAUGAUCACAACUUGUCGUAUACGAACGGCACUUCCCAGGUUCCCUUGAAGGGUUGGAUUCCAGUGUCUCUAAUGCACCACAUAGCUUUUGGUGAAGUUGAUGAUCAGAAAACUGCCAUGUACAAAAAAUCCCCACAAAUGCAUCUCGUAAAUGAGUCUGAAUCUCCUAUUGCCAAGAAUUUUCCACCCCCCACGCGGUCUAGAGAAUCAAGUUUGGCAUCCUGCUCGUCCCCUGAAAACGAACUUGACCGAAGUCGGUGCUCUCAUAAUAGGAAUCCAGGCUUCCAUAAUCACGGCUACAAUUUCACCGGAGCUCGACCGAAGACGAAUACCGGUCAGCCAAAAGCAGCUUACGAUGAUGAACGACGCAGAAAUGCAAAGCACCGAGCCAGAAACAUCCUUGCGCACGCUUUACCAAUAAGCCCAGUGUCCAGUGGGCCAAAUACUCCAUCCUCAUCCGUUCCUCGGCCAUACGUGCCGCCUGUUCUUGCCGAAAAGUCUCAUCCACCGGAGAAAAAUGAAUUUAAUUCGAUAUUGAUGCAAGAGGGAGAUUUCCAGAAAACACAAAAAGCCCAGGGAACUGCUGUGCACAGCAACUGUGGACAUAAUUAUAAAUCUUCCAAUACUUCGAGUCACAAUAGUAACUCUCCUCGACCAGGGACUAAUUUUCAGCCAUGUAUCAUUCAAAUCAAGGAGAUCUCAAACAGUAAAGGCUCAAACUCCGACGUCCAUACUUCUUCUAUAAUGAAACCAGACGAACCGAAGAUGAGCGCUUCAAAUAAGCUUCCGAAAGGAGUCUCAACGAACAGCUCAAAAACGGUGAGCGACAGUGCCAAUAGCCAAAAAACUCCUAUGUCGUCAGACUACAAACCAACUAUCGGUAACUCCUCUCAGGCACAUCAAGGAAAGUGCACGCAAAAGAAUUAUAAUAAUUUACCAAAUCCCGCGCAAACAUCCACAUCGACUGAAACGUCUAGGUCAUCUUCUCCAGGUAUGUCAUUAACAACAUUUGCUCUGACAUCUGAAGGCCGAGGUGUGCCCGGUGCCAUUUGUUUUUCGCUGCAUCCAGACAUGACACCCUCUAUGAAGGCUGAAAUAUCGUCACCGAAAUCCCCUAAGAAAGAAACAACGAUAUCUGAAGUUCAUAUCCAGCCAGUGAGUCCGAGGCCAAAUAGAAGUCCGAUCGAAAUAUCUACGAAAGAACACUGGUGGUCGGUCACGGAAGAACAUUUUACAUAUCCAGAAGAACUGAAUUGCGGGACUCUUGCAAAUGGGACUCUGGUCAAUUCUGCGUACGUCACGCUCCAGGACAACGGCAGGAAAGAUCAUUUUGCUGAGCAGCGCACUGCUCGAGUCGUGUCGAGCCUCGAGUUGCCGCAUCAAAGAAAAACUUCCUCUGAGGAAUUAGCUCGAAUAAACGAAAAUAAAAACUGCAAUAACGGCAGCAUGACAAAUAUGGCUACGCUUUCAUUCACGCCUGCUGUCAAUAGCCCGACGCCUUCGCCAAACUUCUCAUCCGUUGAAAGUUCUAAGGCCAACUCCCCUCCAAUGUUAGCUGAUUCUCACCUAAGAAGUAUGGCUUCAAAGAACAUUGCUUCAGCAAUUAUAAGUUACGAAAUCGCUGCCAAAGGCGAUAGGAUUGUAUAUUCGGAUCGGUUAAAGCCUACAGAUGUGGUCGUCACAAACCCAAAUUUUGAAAGACUUUCAAAGAAAAUUUCUAGUCCUGUUCUUGCAGAAAAAGUGCCUCAACGUUCACCCUCUGCUAAAAAUAGAUUAGUGAAGUAUGAGGAUAAGAAUCAAACAAAGGCAUCUGAUAGAAAUCAAUCAAACGAUAUUCAAUCAUCAUCAAUGCCAGUUAUCAGACAAGGUAAAGGUGGUUCGUACAACUAUCCUGAUGGAAUAAUAACUUAUUCCUGCAAAGAAAUUAUCUGUCCGUCCUGUCAGAUGAUUUUUACAAAAGAUCAGCACAUAAUGUUCCUAGAUCAUUUUGAGGAAUGUACAGGUCCCGAGUUUGUAGAUAUGUAAACUCUCGUGAUGAAAGAUUUCAAAUAAGUU